UUUGAACGUCGAAGGCGGGAGGAGUGUCGCACUUAUUUUCGAUUGUAGCGCCAUCUAUACAAAAAUGCCGGAAACUAUUCAACAACUUAUCGAUCGAUUUACCGGCACGAGGGAACAUUAGCGCCAUCUGCCGGGAAGUAGCAAAAGCAACUUACCGGCUUAUCGUAUCGAGUAGUUUGCGCCGUUUUCGUAUAGAUGGCGCUAGAAUCGAAUUCAGAACCCCUUCCCUUGUAGCGGGAGAUUUAAUAACUUUUUAAUUUGUAAACCAACUGAUAGAGCAGAUGGCGUUCGUUCUCGAGGCACCUUGAAAACAGAGGCAUGUCCAGUCUUACUGGAACACGCGUCCGGUAUUUAUUAUAGCUUACUUGAAUAUGAAUUAUAUUCAAUUGUAUGCACUGCCAAGUUUGCAGGCCUAAUAAUAUUUAUCAAGUGUUCAUUGCAUCAUGGCUCUGCGCAGAGGAAACAAAAACUUAAAGUUGCAGGUUUCCGAAGAGACACCUGUGCCUGUCACUCCACCAAGAAAUUUAGAUAAAAGAACUACAAUAACUAUAGGAGACAAAACAUUUGUAGUAGAAGCGGAUGAUUUAGAAACUAUUUGCAUUCUUGGAAGGGGUGCAUAUGGUGUUGUAGAUAAGAUGAGACACAAGCAAAGUGGUACUAUUAUGGCAGUUAAGAGAAUAACUGCAACAGUCAAUACACAAGAACAAAAGCGAUUACUUAUGGAUUUAGAUAUUUCUAUGAGGAGUUCAGCAUGUGAGUAUACAGUACAAUUUUAUGGAGCAUUAUUUAGAGAAGGAGAUGUUUGGAUAUGUAUGGAGGUAAUGGAUAUGAGUCUGGAUAAAUUUUAUACAAAAGUGUAUAAACACGGGCGUGCCAUUCCUGAACAUAUUUUAGGAAAAAUUGCUUUUGCAGUAGUGAGCGCAUUACAUUAUCUGUAUUCACAGUUACGAGUGAUCCAUAGAGACGUAAAACCUAGCAAUAUUUUAAUUAAUCGUAAAGGGGAAGUAAAAAUUUGCGAUUUUGGUAUAUCCGGUUAUCUCGUAGAUUCUGUUGCUAAAACAAUCGAUGCCGGUUGUAAACCGUACAUGGCUCCAGAAAGGAUAGACCCGUCGGGUAACCCUUCACAGUACGACAUCAGAUCCGAUGUUUGGUCAUUAGGUAUAUCUCUCGUUGAAUUAGCAACGGGAAAGUUUCCUUACGAGUCUUGGGGGACACCCUUCGAACAAUUGAAACAGGUUGUAAAGGACGAAGCACCAAAGUUACCCGCUGGUAAAUUUUCUGCUAACUUUGAAGAAUUUAUUAAUAAAUGUCUAAUGAAAGAUUAUACUGCCCGUCCAAAUUACAAUCAAUUAUUGACGCUUAAUUUUAUCACGGAGCAUGCUAAAAGGGAUACAAAUGUUGCUGAAUUUGUCGGAGAGAUUUUAGAUCUACCGGAUGUUGAACAGCCAGCGUAGUAUAUAAAACGCUUGUUGACAUGGUGUGUUACAUGACCCUUAAUGUAACUUCGUAUUAUGCAUCGAAGUUAUUUAAUCAUUUCUUUAUAUCCACCAUCGAUUAUAUUCUUCAUUCAUAAGCGCGACAUAAGCGGUUGAAAUUUAGCGUCAAACAACAAUACGUUCAACUUCUUUUUUAAACACGUUCACACAUUUUUCUUUAUUCAACAUAAAUUGUACAAUUUUCAUUUAUAAUCCUCCUGGAUUGAUACUCUUCUCGCAAAGAGUAGAACUAUGUAAAUAAUAUACAAAUAUUUUCUAUACAAUAUAACACAAUGGUUUGUCAUUGUAGCAAUAUAACAAAAUAAAGUCUAAGUUAUGAGAAAGUUAGUAAGUAUUUCAUAAUUCAUUCGCUAUAAUCAUGUAACAGUUUAAUUGUAAUUAGAAUGAUAUUUUAGAAUAAUAAUAUAUACGCAAAUAGCUCAAAAAACUAAAGAAAUAUUCAUAUUUAUGAAAAAAAAAUGUUAGAAAUAUGAAGUCAAUUACAUUUUUUCACUAAUAAGUAUGUAUUGUAAUCAUGUAUUAGAAAUUAAAUACUAAUAAACAAUUACAUUAAAAGUGCAAGAAA